UCCCUCUUCGAAGGAAAUUGACGGAGGGACGAAUACGUUCGAAUCGAUAGCCCCGGUUGAAGUCGACGACGGGACGAGGCGUUUCGCGUCCGCGUUUUGAGGCCAUUGCUAGCGAAGGGUGGCCAGACGAGGAGGAAGGGGGCAGCGGAGAAAUAGAGAGGGCGACGUUAAGGGCGGGGAAGGCGGGGGUGGGUGUCGUGUACGCGCAUGUUUCUUCUCCGCGAAACGGAUCGAUGCUGGAAAUAGCUCGACCCGCAGGAGAGUACGAGGUGAGUCGGCUUCGCUUUCGGCAGGGCCUUCGCAGCUCUUCACCGCUCGCCGUUUCCUGUUUCACGAAUCGUAGGGGGAAGCGUAACUCCACGUAGAGUCUCCACAAUCUCUUCUCGUAUUCGCGAGCUUCCCUUCGACCGUCACCGAUCGAUCACCGCCGGUUUCCUCAUCGACCUCGUUCUUCCUCUUCCCCCGGACAGUUUCCAUCCGGCUCUCUCUCAUUUUCUAUACUUCUUCUUGACGCGCAGUCAUCUCGAUUUCAACCCCAAUUUCUAUCUUUCUUUCUUUCUUCUUAUUUUUUUUUUUUUUUGGUUGCUCGUUUCUUCGAGUGUGUGUCUUCGACGAUUCAUCCAUCCAUCGCAAGUGGAUAAAAAGAGAAAGAGAGAGAGAGAAUCUCGAUCGCGGGAUGACUCGAAAAAAAUGUGCGUCGUACCGAUGUGGCUGACGAGGCUGGAAUCAAGCCUCGCUUGUUCCACGGUAGGUCUUAGAGGAUGCACAAGCUAGCCAAGGGCCUGAAGAAGAAGAAAAAGCAGAAGAAGGGUAAGAAGGGAGCGGAGGAGGACGAGUUCGACCCGGAGGAGCUCGAGCGUUAUAGGCGCGAGCGGGCGGAGGCCCAGCAGAAAGCCGAGGAUACCGGCGAGCAGGCAAGCGGCAACAACGCUUCGUCCGACGAGUGGAAGAAGUUCGAGGCGUUGACAGCCGGCGUCGACUCGAUCCUCAAGAAGACACAGGGCGACCUCGACCGCAUCAAAUCGACCUCGUUCUUCCAACGGAAGCCCCCCCUAGACGAGGACAAGAAAAAAGAGGGGGAGGAGGGGGAGGAGGCGGAUCGAGAGGAUAUCCCAGGCAAGAAGAAGUCUUCCUCCACCAAGAAGUGGGUGGGUUUCGACGAGGAGGGGAACCCGAUCGAGGGGGAGCCGCCCGAUUUCGAGGGGAAGGGGAGGAAGGAGGAGAGGCCACUGGUGAACGAGGACGGUUUCGUCGACGUGCCCGACGACGAGGAUGGCCGCGAGGACUCGGCCGACGAGGAUAUAUUCGACACCACUUACGUCGACGUUCUCCAGAAUAUCGACGUCCAACUAGCUUACAUCCCGGACAGCCCCGUCGAGGAGGAGGAGGGGGACGACCCGUUCGACACGACAAACGCGGACAAAGUUCUUAAAACGGUCGAUAAGAAAGGGAACAGGUUGGUCAGCCUAGGGAACGCGGUCGAAGUGCUCUCGGGCAGGAUCGAUUACGUGAGCUCGUGCAAGAUAUCGAAGGGUAGACGGCCCAGGCUUCAGCAAGACUUGCUAUUGGACGAUUUCGAGGAGGCAACCGAGUGCCAUCUCGCGGCGGACGGCGGUGACGCGGCGCUGAUCGCCGAACCGGAAAAGAGGACGCUGCUCGACGACGACAACGAUCUCCCUCCCAUAGAUCUUCCCCCCGUAGAUCUCACCAAACUUCCCCCGACCGUCCUCCCGAAACCGGUGAGCCCGGGACCCGUGGAGGAGGAGGGCAACCCUCUCGACAUCUCCGAGUUCGAGAUCUUGAAGGAGAAGAAUAUCUUGGAGGAGAUACCCGACUUGGACGACGCCGAGUUCGACCUGAGCUGUUGCGCGGCGCCCGAUGAGCAGCAGCCUGUGCCGCGCCUCGACGAGGCGGAGGACCCGUUCGCCGCCAAGGAGCCCGAGACCGUGAACUUCCAAUCCGAGAUAAUAGAGGCGAGCUUCGAGGCGGCGACCUUCGUCGACGAGGAGGACCCGUUCGACACCACGUUCGCCGAAAAUAUAUUGCCCGGUAAAACGGAAUUGAAGUUCAUCGAGAAAGAGUUGGACGAGCUGCCCGUAUCCGAGGUUACCAUAUCGUUGACCGAUCCGGCCGGGUUGAACCGGGAUUACGAGACAGGUUUGUUGAAAGAGGUCGAGAGAUCAGUCGCGACCGGCGACAAGAAGGAUCUUUUGGCUGGGUCGACGACCGACCUGAGCCAACUCGCGGACGAGCCCAUCGCGCCGCUCGAGGACAUCUCGAGCUACGUGGACCCGUUCGACACCUCGUCCGUGAAAGAGAUACCGCCAGGUAAGACGGAGUUGAAGUUCCUCGAGAAGGAGUUGCUCGGCGAGAAGCGGGAGGAGGAGAGUCGUCUGAACAACAACGACGACGACGACGACGACGACUUCGAUCCGAGAAAGGACGAGCAACAGCGUCCGUUCGAAACCGUCGAUUUUCGAGUAGAAGGGGGAGAGGAGGAGGGGAAGGAGGAGGUGAAGAAGAGCGAGAUCGGGAUCGUCGAUCGAAGAUCUUCGCGGCCCGAGGUGCUCGAAUUAGGUGUAUCGAAAGCGGUCGCGUUCGAGCUACCGACACCGUCGAAACGACCCGACCUGCUCGCCACCACCGAGGAGGAGAAAGCAUUGCCCUCGAAGCCGCUCACUCCCUAUUACACGCAAAAGUCGAUCGAGGAUUACCUACCUGCCGAGGAGGAGCGAGGGGAGGAGGAGGCGGCGGCCGAUGUCGAUCCGUUCGACACGAGUUUCGUAGCCAAGGUAGCACCAGGUAAGACCGAGCUCAAGUUGAUCGAGUCGGAAUUGUUGAGGCAGCAAGAAGAUCAUUCAUCGUCGACGAUUGGGAGGCUGCCUCACAGCUUGAGCGACCACGAGUUCGAUCCCCGUGCCGAGGGUGAGCCUGUAAUCAGAAGGCAGAGCGAUUUCACGAUAAGGCCGAACGAUCUCAGGUUCAAUGAAUUGCAAAAUUCCGUGUUGAAGAAGUUCGAGGAGGUGAAUAGGAGAAGGGAAUUUGUGCAAGAGAGGCAGGAGAGUCUGUUGGACGAGAGGAUCGAGGUGGACGCGAAACCUCUAACGCCAAGAAUCGAGACGAGAACCAUCGAGGAGGACGAGGAGAUCUCCUACAAGGAUCCAUUCGACACAUCGAUCGCGACGAAUAUACUUCCGGGCAAGGCGGAACUGAAGAUUCUCGAGACCGAGUUGGAACAGAUCCCUGCCGAGAUACCCGUGGCUCGCCCCGUCCCGAUCGCCCUCACAACCGUGAUCAACACAGCUGUUAUUCCAGAAGUCGAUCCCGAUUUCGAUCCCAGAGCGGAGGAGAGGAAGGAUUUCUUGUGCAUCGACGACCAAGAUCCCGGUGCGAAGGUGUUGACCCCUUUGCAGAACGAGAGCUUUCCUUUGGGGGAGGACGUGGAUCCGUUCGACACGAGUUUCGCGAGUCUCGGGCCGGGCAAGACCGAGCUCAAACUACUCGAGUCCGAAUUAAUGGAAAGCUUAACGCUCGAAUCGGUCGAUUCCAAGAUUCUCGACAUGGAUUCGAAAGGAGGGAACCCAUUCUUGAUGGACGACUACGACGGGAUCGGAUCGAAUGACAAUAUGGCGGGUCAAGCGUCUAAUCCGUUCCUCCAAGACUUUGCCGACGCGUCGGGGACAUCUGGCGGCGGGGAGAAUCCGUUUCUGAAUUUUGGCGGGGACCAAUCGUAUCACCAAUCGGCAAACAUCACCGUCGACUCGACGAAUCCCUUCGCCUCGUUCGCCACGGACGCAAGCGCGCCGAGCACCGGCUUCGAGGCGGCGACCACCACCGACGCCACCACGGCCAAUAUAUUCUCAACCGAGGCGAAAAACAUAUUCGUGACGAGCGGCGACGAGUCGAAUCUGUUCGAUGCCCCGCUCUCCUCCCACUCGUCGGAGGAGUUCUUCGGCCAGACGGCGCCACCGCCGUCGCCGGCUACUGUGCAGCAACCGGCCAGCAGUCGAAAAACGCGAGCGGCGCCCUCUAGGCCCCCUCCCCCCAGGCCACAACCUCCUGCACCUCCUAAAAACACCAAAGACUUGAUCCUGUCCGUGACCGGUGCGAUGGAUGCCACUUCGAAUCAUCUUCUGGACCGAUUACAAGCAACCAGAACGCCUAGCCCAACUUUGAUGCACUCUCCGUCUCCGACACCGGAGCACAGUUUCGCAGACUUUUUGGACGUCGACUCGAACGUUCCCGACUUGAUGUCCGACGACAACAGCAAAGCGCCGAUCGAGCCGCCGAAGAAUCAGGACAUAUUGGAUUUGUUCGACGCCCCCAACACGGACACGACAACCACGACCAUAUUCUCCUCUUCCACGAUCACCGAGGACACGGCCAGUUCGGGGACAGGGGUGACUCUGAUCAGCGCCACGACCCAGGAUAAUCCAUUCGUCGGUAUCACGGAGCAACAAGCGUCCCCUGUUCAGCAGGCGGACGAGUUUCAAGAAACCGCGUCCGUGGCAAGCGAGAAGAGACCCUCCGUCUCGUCCAUGACGGGUGCCGUGGGAAGCGACACGGAGAGGACCGGUGUCGACAUGGAUCUCGCCGCGGAAACGUUGCAAUCAUCGAGCACGGGGAACGAAUUGUUCUCGACCACCGAACAAUUGUCCACGUCCGUGACCGAGUCCACGUUCUUCUCCGUCGCGGACACGACUCCUUCGGCCCCGUUUGGAACCGCGGACACCGCGAUCGCGCCGUUCUCGACGCCCAUGCAAACGUCCACCGCGCAAUCCCUGUUCACGACCUCGGAGAUCAGUGUGCCCUCCGCUCAACCCAGCGGGCCUUUCGCUUCCGACUUGCUCGGCGACUUUGGCGAGCCUACCGCGACCGACAUAGGUGGCGCGAGGUCGACCAGCCCGACACCUGGCGCCGAAUUCCCUAUCAGCGAGGCGUACAAGCCCGAAGAACAAUUGGACAAUUUCGCGGCUACCACGCAGAAAACGGCAGAGAGCGGCGGGGAUGCUUUCGAUAUUUUCGCCUCGAAGUUUGACAAGGCCGCGGAACAGGAAACCAACGCGGGUGAUCCUUUCCUGGACGCUUUCGGCGGUGGGCCGACCGCCAUGGACACGUCCAGCGAUGUUUGGGGCGAUUCCUCUGCGACUGGGUCAGAGACAGCGGUGACAGGAUUCGGGGAAAGCGACGGGUUCGACUCGUUCUUGAGCAUGACCGCACCCCCACCAGAACCGAGUGUGAAGAGAACCGAGUCCGUAGAUUCGGACGCGGGACCAGAUUUCAGCGUGUUCAUCAAGCCGAAAGAAGGUGAUCAAUCUGGAAUCGAAGGUGGAGCUGUUCCUGUGCUGGCACCGCCACCGAAGAGCCCCCAAAAUACCGCCUACGUCGAUACCUCGCCACGUUUCAACCCCUUCGACAAAUCUGGAUCUGCGCAAGACGCCAUUCCUACCACGGAAACUGUUCAACCUGAAAUCACUAGGACAGAUUCUCAGGAAACUCCUCCGACACCUCUGUUCGACGAGGAUGUUAGCCAACCUCUGGAAGAUUUCCCGAGGGUAACGUACACCGGUGAUGGUUGGGAUAUGCAUCUACGUCAACCUAACAAGAAAAAGAUAACCGGUCAACGAUUCUGGAAGAAAAUUUUCGUCAAGCUUGUUUAUCAAGGCGACAAUCCUGUGCUCCAAUUGUUCAACAGCAGAGAGGAUAAGGAUCCCUUCCAAGAAUUGCCCCUAGUUCCUUCUUAUUCAGUUUCUGAUAUCGGAGCGCAACAAUUUGAUCAGUACGGAAAAAUAUUUACGGUGAAGUUGCAAUAUAUUUUCUACAAGGAACGACCCGGGGUACGGCCUGGUCAGGUAACCAAAGCGGAAAGAUUAACGAACAAGCUGAGUCAAUUUGCCGCGUAUGCCAUUCAAGGUGAUUAUCAGGGGGUUAAAGAAUUUGGAAGCGACUUGAAGAAACUUGGUCUUCCUGUGGAACACGCGCCACAGAUUUCUGAGCUGUUCAAACUUGGCUCCCAAUGCUACGAGGACAUGAAACAGUUCUCUUGCGCGAUAGAGGAAGCUCUAUUCAGAUUACCUGCUCAUCGAGAUCGAGCGCUUAAUUAUAAGACGGAGGACGUGCAGAUAACCGUGGUAGAUGAACUGUACGUGGAACAGAACGCGCAAGGUCAAGUCGAGAAACAGAUAGCUCGUGUUCGAUUGUUCUUCUUGGGCUUCCUUUCUGGAAUGCCCGAUGUUGAGUUGGGAAUAAACGACAUGUGGCGCCAGGGGAAAGAGGUAGUGGGUAGACACGAUAUAAUUCCAGUUGUAACCGAGGAAUGGAUCCGCCUUGAAAACGUCGAAUUUCACUCUUGCGUUCAACAGGACGAGUAUGAAAAAUCUAGAAUCAUAAAGUUCAAGCCACCGGAUGCAUGUUAUAUCGAACUUAUGAGGUUUCGAGUAAGGCCUCCUAAAAACAGAGAGCUUCCUCUUCAACUUAAAGCUGUAAUGUGCAUUACCGGUAAUAAGGUAAUGUCACUUUUCAUUCUCAAAAAAAAAGAAGAAAAAAAA